AUGUAUUGGACCACAGACCACUCAGACCUGACUUUUUGUCUAGGUGGUUACCGUCGAAUUAAGAAAUACGCUACACCAAAAACGAUUCUUCUUGUAAAUUCUGAGUGGUGUCAAGAAACGGAAGCGUCUGGUAGCUCUAUUGAUCCUAAAUCUUCAACACUAAAACUUAAAACAGAGGACUGUAACGUUGAGGAGGAAGUUGACGUGGCUGAUAAUUUUGGUGAUACAUCAUAUCAGAUAAUGGAAGAUGUAUCAAAACCACCAACCAUCUCAAACGAUCAAUCUGACACUUGGGAUUCCGAAUUAGAGUCAUAUUUGACACUCCCGAAGAACAUAAAC